GCGAAGAGAGAGAGAGAAAGAGAGAGAGGAAAAAACGGCUCUCAGCAAAGCAACAAGAAGGAAGAGCAAUGGCGACACUGGAUCGCCAAAUACCAAGUCCGGAUACCUUUUUGUGCGAACCUUGGUCUUCCUUCGUCAGUGCGACUAAAUUACGUUUUGUUGAUAACGCAGUCUCGUCUCCGGAGAAGGACGACACCGACUCUUGCCGCCCCGCCGAAGCCGCGAAACUCGGCAGAAACGAGAUGCUUGUCUGCACCCAUUUCCCUGCUUUGGAGGAUUUUUGUCUUGUUGUCUGCCAUGUCUGCAGUAAGGUGGUGACUCCUCAGGGCAUCCUCACACAUUACGAGAAGCAACACAGCUCCCCGGUCCCCUCCAAGAGCCCUGUGCUUCCCAUGAAGCCCAAAGCGCCUGCGGUGGCCUCCGCUGUGGCCCCCAGCCCGGGGGACUCGCUGGCUUUCAGGGUCCCCAAAGACUACCCUCAUUCCCGCUUCAGCAAGGCACCGCUUGCCGUCUACCCACCGAAAGGAGCAAGGAACAAGACAUGCGUGUCGUUGCCAGUCGUGAGCUUGGAGAAGAUGCCCUGCCUGAACCGAGCAGACUCGACGUCGCACGUUCGCCUCAACUCCUCGUCCUCCUCCUCUUCGUCCUCAUCCACGCUCUCGCCUCUCAAAUCUUCCUCCUUCGCCUCGCAGCGCUCCGGCGAAAAGCUCACCAACGGCCGCGGCGGCGGCCCCUCAACGCCGCGCUCCAUCACGCCUCCCUCCUCCUCCCUGGACAGGCGUCCGAGCCCGGCCAGAUCGCCCCUGAACAGACGAGCGCCGUCGACAGCGUCUCCCUCCCCGAUGGACAAGAAGCCCUCGCUCUCGCCCUCCCACAGGUCCGUCGCUCUCCCGUCAUUGCCGUCGCUUUCGCCUUUGGAGAAGAAGCAGCAGAACGGAACCAAGACCCCCGCCAGGCCGCACAAGAGAGCCUCAGGGAGAGUCUUUGAUCCUGACAAGCACUGCGGCGUGCCCGACCCCGAGACUAAGCGCUCCUGCACACGCUCGCUCACCUGCAAGACUCACUCCCUAACCCAGCGCCGCGCCGUGCCCGGCCGGAGCCGGCUGUUUGACGUGCUGCUGGCCGAGCACAAGGGGCUGGCGAAGGAGAGGGAGGCUCUGAAGGAGAAGGAGAAGGAAGCGGCGCAGAGAGGGAAGGAAGCGUGCGGCCAGAGCGUCGCGCCUCAAGACUCGCCGAGUCCCAGCAAGCCCCACUGCCCCGGCGAACGGCCGCUGUCCUCGCUGAAGCUGCGGCUCGCAAACGCGCACAUACCGAGAGUUCCAGGCGGCUCCUCCUCCGCCUCCUCCUCCCUCUCCGCCUCCAGUCCUCUGCCUCCAGCGGCGCCUCCUGCCGCGACGCCCGUCCCAGAGCCGUCUCCAAGCAGCUGGACGAACGCAGCGGGGGACGGCGGGCGGCUUUCCAGCGACGAGGGAGACGCGGACACCCCGGAUGACGCCGACAGGCCUUCCCUGCACUACUCCAGUCAUCAUCCACGGCCUUCAGGGUUUUGCGUCUUCAGCAGCCGGCUCGUGGGUCCGGGCUGCUACGUGUUCGACAGGCGGUGGGACAGGAUGAGGCUGGCGCUGCAGAGCAUGGUGGAGAAACACCUCAACGCGCAGAUGUGGAGGAAGGUGCCUCUGGCUGCCGAGAGCCUCCCCUCCAACUCCACGUCCGUCGCCGCCUCGGUUACCGCGCACCAGGCUCCUCCCGCUGCCGUCCUGUCCUCCCCCUCCAACAGCCUCACCUACACCACCUCGUUCCCACAGUCGGCGUCGGCGGCCGGACUGUUUGGCGUCAGAGACUCGCCGGGAAAAGCCCGGAACGGCUCGCACAAGGCCGGCUGCUCGCCCAAAGACUCGGAUGCCCCGGCGGCGGCGAAAAAGAGAAAGAACUCUUCGCACCCUCCGCCGUCGCCGUUUCAGACGGUGGACGCCCACCGACGGAACGGCAGCAGCUUUCAUCAGACGUUUCAGGGCUUCGGGGCGGCCAGGGCGUCGUCGGCCAAAAACAAGGGACCUCGAGCGGGAAGCGGGCUUCUGAGCAGCUCAGACGACUGGCUGUCCAGAGCAGAGCAAAGCCACAACACACACAACUGUCGUGAACUUGGCACCAGUGGUCUAACCUACGCGGCCAGGGAACCGUCCUCGGCCCCCCACCAGCCAAUGCCUCCGCCCACAGGACCCUUAGCUUACGGCGGAGGAGCAGAGGGGAGGAAGAGGAGGAGUCCCAGCUCCUACAAAGGGAAAUCCAGCAAAGCGAGCCGACCGGGCGGACUGGAGAGCCUCUUUGGGAAGGGAAACGACGGCAUGGGGAUCUUGGCGUCGGGGCCCGAGUCGCCCAGACAGGCCAAGUUGAAUCACUGACAGAAAGCCGUUGUGCGGACAGAACGUCGGGCCGCUGUCCAGGCCACCACCAUAUGUGACCUUUGACUUCACCACUCUUCCAGCGACGGCUUCAGUGUGACACGGUGGAGGUGUGGGGUGGCGGCGUCCUGUCGGGAAUCUCCCAUGCCUCUCUCUUUGAUUGUGGUUUUUACAGAACCCAAAAAAAAAAAACUAUUAUUUGCAAAGGGAAUUCUCCGGCGCCGCAGAAGUUUCUGGAGUUUGGUUUCCAGCCCGCUGGGCAAAGAAAGACAACUGUGAUUGUUUUUCCAGGACCACCCGACACAACUACUGUGGGACUUUAGCUAUGCCACUUUGUUGCUCCCACUGGCCUUUUUUCCUCACUCUGGCUCUUUCUGUCUUUUUGUCUGAGACGGGGAGCGUCGGCAGCGAGUUCGGCUGGGUUUUAGCCAGUUCUCUCCCCUGCGCACCCAGCGGCUUUGUCCGUUUCCCUCCGUUUCUGUCCCAGCAUGCCUGUGUUCCAAGUGCACUUACUGUCCUGAGUUCCUCGACUGACUCCCCCCUCCUUAGCCUCCCCGCCUUCCGCGUCGGUGCCACGCAGAAGUCCUGCUCGCGCAAAACGGAGGGAAGGAAGCGUUCGUGUUACCAAUGAUGCCACAUCGGUGCGUUGUAUUUCAGUACCGGAUAAGGUUUGACUUUA